GAAUUGAGUGCAGGUCGCUUUAAGAAAGGAGUAGCUGUAAUCUGAAGCCUACUGGACGCUGGAUUGGGAGGCAGCAGAAAAAGCUCUUGUGCUUGCAGGAGCCCCCUCAGUGUGCAGACCUAGGCUGGGCGCGGAGCUGCAGUGCACCCACAGGCCCCGGGAUGCAGGUCCUCAUGCUACUUCUCUGGACUGGAGCCCUCCUCGGGCACGGCAGCUGCCAGCACAAUGCUGGCAGCCUGGAGGAGGGCUCCCCGGCCCCCACGGGAGUGUCAGUGGAAGAGGAGGAUCCCUUCUUCAAGGUCCCUGUGAACAAGCUGGCAGCGGCCGUUUCCAACUUCGGCUAUGACUUGUACCGCGUGAGAUCCAGCGGGAGCCCCACUGCCAAUGUGCUCCUCUCUCCGCUCAGCGUGGCCACGGCCCUCUCUGCCCUCUCUCUGGGAGCUGAACAGCGGACAGAAUCCAGCAUUUACCGGGCUCUCUACUAUGACCUGAUCACCAAUCCAGACAUUCACAGCACCUACAAGGAACUCCUUGCCUCCGUCACUGCCCCGCAGAAGAACCUCAAGAGCGCUUCCCGGAUCAUCUUUGAAAGGAAGCUGCGGAUCAAAUCCAGCUUUGUCGCACCACUGGAAAAGUCAUACGGGACCAGGCCCCGAGUCCUGACCGGCAACUCUCGCUUGGACCUUCAGGAGGUUAACAACUGGGUGCAGGCCCAGAUGAAAGGAAAAAUUGCUAGGUCCACAAAGGAAAUGCCCAGUGAAAUCAGCAUUCUCCUUCUUGGGGUGGCUUACUUCAAGGGGCAGUGGGUAACAAAGUUUGACUCCAAAAAGACUUCCCUCCAGGAUUUCCACUUGGAUGAGGAGAGGACUGUGAAAGUCCCCAUGAUGUCAGACCCCAAGGCUGUUUUACGCUAUGGUUUGGAUUCUGAUCUCAGCUGCAAGAUCGCCCAGCUGCCCUUGACCGGAAGCACGAGUAUCAUCUUCUUCCUGCCUCUGAAAGCGACCCAGAAUUUGACUCUGAUAGAAGAGAGCCUCACCUCUGAGUUCAUUCAUGACAUUGACCGAGAACUGAAGACCGUCCAAGCCGUGCUGACCAUGCCCAAGCUGAAGCUGACUUACGAAGGCGAAGUCACUAAGUCCCUGCAGGAGAUGAAGCUGCAAUCCUUGUUUGAUUCACCAGACUUUAGCAAGAUCACGGGCAAACCCAUCAAACUGACUCAAGUGGAACACAGAGCCGGCUUCGAGUGGAAUGAGGAUGGGGCAGCCAGCACCCCCAGCCCAGCGCUCCAGCCUGCCCACCUCACAUUCCCCCUGGACUAUCACCUUAACCAACCUUUCAUCUUCGUACUGAGGGACACAGACACAGGGGCCCUUCUCUUCAUAGGCAAAAUCCUGGACCCCAGGGGCACUUAAUGUUCCAGUUUAACGUUCAAAUAGCCUAGAAGAAAACCCUAGAGGGAUAGUAGACUAUACAUUACAUGAAGGUUGCCCCUAUAAUGUUUCAAUGUAUACUCAAUGUUUCAAUUGCAAUAAAAGUGCUUUAUCCUUAA